UGACUUAACUUUGCCACCCCCUAUGCCCCGUAACUCUCUGCGGGGUGAAUUUGGUCAGGGCUCCACAGCUGACAGUGAGCUGAGACAUAUUGAGGAAGAUCAUUAUGUUUUAAUGGUAGUUCCUGUUUAUUAGGCUGAUAAGUAAGCUAUGGACAACAACAUAUACCAAAUAUUGAGAACACUAAUAGCCUCACAGGGACAACCUCAAGUAGAACAACAUAUUACAACGACUUCCCAAGCCUUGACAGCUCCUCAGCAAAGGUAACAUAUCAUACUAAUUUGAGUGUCCCGAAUUUACAUUUACUAUGUUAUGUCUAGUCUAUAAAACCAGAAUGAGUUGACAGGUAAAUUGCAACACAUAUCUUAAGUGUUUGAACAGGGCCACGGUAAGGAUAUAAGACAUGUUUGAACAGGGCCGAGGUAAGGAUAUAAGACAUGUUUGAACAGGGCCGAGGUAAGGAUAUAAGACAUGUUUGAACAGGGCCGAGGUAAGGAUAUAAGACAUGUUUGAACAGGGCCGAGGUAAGGAUAUAAGACAUGUUUGAACAGGGCCGAGGUAAGGAUAUAAGACAUGUUUGAACAGGGUCCUCUCUGACAUUUCCAUUCCUUGUCCACCACGGAGUGUUCAGUCACUGCAGAGGCGGGCACUAUGGAGGUCCAGGCACCUUCUUCCUCACUCCUCAGGUGUUGGUGAACGACCUGUCUCGAGACACCUACCCCACACUGCUGGUCAAAUGUGUGGAGAUUGACGAGGCUAGGGAGUCACGCCUAUUGCCAGAAUUUGCCCACGAAGGACCACGGCACCACCUUCCUGUUCAACUGAGCACAUCAGAACAAGGGGUCUCAGCACGGGACAUUUCCCUGUGUACCAGCCUGUACCAUGACUACAAGGUGCUGCUUCAGAUGGGCCUUCACUUCAUCUUCCUCCAGGGCACCAAAGGCCCUGGCUGAAACAAGUCCUGGACCUAUGUGAGUGGUGGGUCGAAGAUCCAGGACCAGGGCACCAGGUCUUGAGAAAGCAACACGUAUUCUGUAGGAAUCUCACAAACGCUCCAGGAAACUGAAGAGUGUACCGAAGAGGGCACCUCAAAGAAUUUCCCACGAUUGGCUCUGGAUCCCUGGAAGUGAGCAUGCAUGUGAUGAUAUUUUCGUCAUUCCACGAGAGCAUGCAGGAGAUCGCCACCAUUUUGAACCACCAUCUGCCCUGGUCAAGCUCAUGACCUUUAUGGGUCUCGGCAGGAUACACCCAGAAGGAGCAGCUGGAGUCCUUCCGAUUCUGAUUGGGAGCCCCCACUGCCAAGGUGCCCAUCCCCCACAGGAGCUGGUUCAUCUAGCCGGACCCCUGCUGUCUCCGGCUCCACACCUACCCCCGCCCGGCCAGGUGUGAAGUCUGUGACAAAGAAGCGGAGGUGGGGAAAAGAUAAACCUGCAAUCAGAGAGGAGGAGGAUGUGGGCCCACCACCUCCAAUAUUCAGACCGAAAAGGCCACCAGGACCUCAGCUGGACAUGACCUCCAAUUACAGCCCCAUGCAACUUUUUCAGCAGUUUUUUUACAUCAUCAGUUAUUGAUUCCCUUGUCUUGAACACUAACAAGUAUGGUGCUAAGAAGCAGGCAGGCAAGAAAGAGUCAUGGAAGCCCAUUUCCAUGUCAGAUAUUUUUUGUUAUUUGUCAAUGGUCAUUUACAUGGGUCUAGUGAAGCUGAAAACCCAGAAACACUACUGGAAAACUGCUCCCCUCUAUCAACUGCCUUUCCCCUCCACUGUCAUGUCAUGCAAAAGGUUUCUGACAAUCUCACAGGCGCUUUAUAUCAGUGACGUUGAUGAAGUUGAUGAGGACAACGAGAAGAAGCGAGGCACAGCAGGGUAUAAUAGGCUCUGCAAAAUAAAACCUCUCUACCACAGUGUGGUUGAGGCCUGAAAGACCUAUUUCCAGCCCGCCCAGAUCCUUUCCAUCGAUGAGAGGAUGGUAGCCUCAAAGGCCAGAAUCAGCCUAAAACAAUACAUGCGUAACAAACCAACUAAAUGGGGUUACAAACUGUUUGUUUUGGCUGAUUCUGCGUGUGCAUACAUGUGCAAUUUUUUUGUUUAUGAGGGGAAGAGCAGUUUUGCGACCGGUAAGGGACUCAGCUAUGAUUCCGUCAUGGAAUUAUUAGAUUUUCAACUGCUGGGGAAGGGCUACAAACUUCUUGUCGACAACUACACAAGCCCUACCCUGUUCACAGACCUGAGGAGGCUGGAUGUGUGGGCUUGUGGCACCAUUCGGACCAACAGAGUGGGCUUUCCAAAAACAAAGGAGAACGACAUGCCUAAGCGGGCUGAGCGGGGUAGCAUGAGAUGGAUUCGCCAAUAUGGCCUGCUCUUUGUGAAGUGGAUGGAUACCAGAGAGGUGGUCAUGUGCUCCAGUAUCCACAAGUCCUUCAGUGGAGAUCACGUCGUCAGGUGUGUGAAGGGCGCUACUGGGGCAUGGACCACAAAAAAUGGCCCCAUUCCUGCAGCUAUCAAGGACUAUAACAAGAGCAUGGGAGGUGUGGACCUGUCAGAUGCGCUGAUAGGCUACUAUAAUGUUCUCCACAAGACCAUGAAAUGGUACAAUACUUUUUUCUAUCAUUUCAUUGACAUUGCUGUGGUGAAUUCCUUCAUCAUCCAGAAGGAAAUGGCCAAGAGCUGUGGAAAGACCCCCAUCUCACAGCUAGCCUUCCGAGAGCUGCUCAUCCAGGAGCUUGCUGGCUACAUCAAGUCCACUGCAGUACCUUCUGUCCCCUCUACCUCGGUCUCUUCUGCUCCUUCAACCAGUGGUGUUCAACUGCCCAAAUUCAUCUCUGCAGGCAUGAAUGUGCCUCAGGGCAAAAAGGGCACAGUGGGGAGGCGACGUUGUGCCCUUUGUCACAGGAAAUGCCCCAUCACAUGUACCACCUGCUCAGUAACUCUAUGCUUUACAGCAGAAAGAGACUGCUAUGGUCCAUGGCACCAGCACCACAAUAUUGUGUAGAGGACUGAGGGUCUUCACAAUAUUGUACAUUGUAUGUGUGUAAAUAGUUACCCUUGUUAUUUAAAUCUUUUUCAAAAUGUAAUAUUUAAAAAAAAAAUGGACUUUUUUUUUAGGGGUGUGUUAGAAUAUAAUUUUUGUAUUUUGUAUAUAGUUUUUUACAUCAAAAUGUAUCACUGUACCAAUUUGGCCACUUGGGUACAUUUGGGUACAUUUGUGUGGGACACCUGGGUGACUUCAUGCUCAAUGUCAUGUAGCUCGCUCAUUCCUGAAGAUAUGUGUCUGAAACUUUUCUCAGAUACUGUUGCCCUCUUAUGUUCUGCAUAGAAAUUAUCCCCAGCAUCCUAUCUGAAUGUUUGGCUGUUCCUGUUCAGUUGAAAGAUGAUGCAACAACAAUAAAAAACUGAAAACGUA